AUGGGCGACACGCUCCUGACGAACCUGUGCGCCAUCUGCCACAUCUCGACCCCCAAAUACAAGUGCCCGCGCGGGGUGCGAGACGCGACGGCAUACGUGCCCAAGAAGACGCUCGCCACACCGGCGGGCGUGGACCACGACUAUAAUUUCAUCAGCGCCAUUGAGCGGUCUCGGGAGCGCAGCGAGCGGGUGCUCGUCGGGGAGAAGGGCAUCAUCGGAGAGCGGGAGCUUAGGCGGCCCGUGACGGUGGAAAAUGUCGAAUAUAGGUUGCGGAGGUUCGACAUCAUGGCGGUGAGGGCGCCCGUGGGCAUGAGCCGGCGGCAGGAGAACGAGACGAGGUACUUUAAGCGGUCCAAGAGGAUCGAGUGGUACGUGGAAUUGUUCUUGGUGGGUGGGGAGGCUGGCGUGGAGAAGGAGAGAGUGACGAUGAGGAUCGCGGACGACUGGAAGGUAUCCGACGCCUUUCUCAAGAACAAGACGACAAAGUUCUUUGGCGUCUCUGGUGCCGCGGACGCAGGGCUGCCGAACCACGACGGUAGCCAGAGUGUGCCCGACGAGACUUCGGGCGCGUGGCUGCCCGCCGCGACGCUUUGCACGCAGAAUUUCCGCACCGCGGCCUGGUUCUCCAAGACGCACCCCGAUCGACCCGCUGGCGGCGGCGGCGGCGGCGGUGGUGGCAGUGGCGGCGGCGCGUCCGUGUCCAGCGACGCGGUGGACGCCCUCAAGGAGCGGCUGAGCUUCUACCUCACGCGGCCAGCCACGACGUCGAGCGCGCCGACGACCCUGGUGCCGUUUGACCCGAGCGAGAAGCUGCACGACGUGCUAGCCGGGACGGUGGUGCUCGAGUACCCGACCCUCUACGUGAUUGAGAAGCGGGCGGGGAUCCCCGCGGGACUCCCCGCGACGCGGCGACCUCCCUCCGCGCCCAAACCCAUCAUCGACAUACGGCACAUGCGCGAGGACCCCGAACUCUACGCGCAAAACUGCAUCGAGCGCAACUACGCCCGCCAGAGCACCUACCCGCACCAGAUCCGCGCCCUCUUCGAGCAGUGGCAGAAACUCCAAGCCGACUCGCGGUCCUCCGCGAGGAAGCCAACGCCGCCAAGCGCGCCCUCGCGGGGCUCAACAAGGCCGCCGCCGCCCCUCCUCCUCUUCGGCCUCGGCCGGGCCCUCGUCCACCGACAGGGUAGCCAUCGUAGACCGCGACGUCGUCUUACGCCGCGCCCGCGAGCUCAAAGUCGAGCUCCAAGGCGUCGAGGAAGCCGAAGCCGGCCUCGUCGACGAGAUGCAGGCCCUCGCCGAGGCCGUGCCCAACCUCACCAGCGACUCGACCCCCGCGGCGACGUGCCCCGCCUGCUCAGCUACAUCAACGACCCGCCCCCGGGCUUCGGCCAGCCCGGCGGCCCUUCCCACGUCGACAUUGGCACCGAGCUCGGCAUCCUCGACUUCGCCGCCGCCGCCUCCUCCUCCGGCUGGGGCUGGUACUACCUCGUCGACGGCGCCGCCGAGCUCGAGCACGCCCUCACCCAGUACGCCCUCGCCGUCGCCUCCCGCCACGGCUGGCGCCAGCCCCGCGACCAAAACGGCGAGCAGCAAAUCUACUCCGUCGCCCGCCCCGACGACUCGGACCCCAGCAGCAGCAGCAGCAGUACCCCCUCCGACGCCACCGCCGCCCGCCGCCGCGCCAAGCCCGAGCUCGUGCUCGCCGGCACCUCGGAAAUCGCCCUCGCCGGCAUGAAGGCCGACACCACCCUACGCCACGAGACCCUCCCCUCCGCCGCGUCGCCGCCUCCCGCUGCUACCGCGCCGAGGCCGGCGCCCGCGGCCUCGACACCAAGGGCCUCUACCGCGUCCACGAGUUCACCAAAGUCGAGCUCUUCGCCUGACGCCCCCGACCAAGAGGUCGCCGACGACGUCUUUGACGAGAUGCUCGACAUCCAGACCGAGAUCAUCGGCUCCCUCGGCCUCCACUGCCGCCUCCUCGAGAUGCCUUCCACCGACCUCGGCGCCUCCGCCGCCCGCAAGUGCGACAUCGAGGCCUACUUCCCCCCGCGCGCCUCGGCACCCGCCUCGCCUCCGGCCCCGCCGCAAAGUCGGCGGCUUCCCUGGACCGUCAACGGCACUGCUCUCGCUGUUCCCAGGGUGCUCGCCGCCCUCUUGGAGAACGGCUGGGACGAGAAGACGAGGACUGUGGUUAUCCCCGAGUGCUUGAGGCCCUGGAUGGAUGGCAAGGAGAGGAUUGAGAAGAUGGUGGAGUGA